AUGGGCUUUGCCUAUCAAUCGGGCCACGAGACCACCUCCAACCGUCAUCCUCCGGUUCCUAUCGAGUUCGACUUCAUCGGCCCGACAACCCAACGACAAGCAAUGCCGCCCAAGACGAAGCAGCCCCAGCAGGCCAAGGCGAAGCCGGGAGAGAAGCGCAAGUGGACGCCGCGUCCUGAGCGUCCCGCCUCCGAGCGCCUGCCCAAGCUCUACCGCGCGCUCGCGGACCAGGUCAACGACGGAUACUUUGACAACGCGAAGAAGACGUGUCGCAAGAACCCUCCUCUUCCUCCUCCUGCACACGGACGACUACGCGUCGGCGCUCUCGCUCGUGCUCUCCCGCCAGUCGCAAGAGCUCAAGUUCGAGCACGCCUACUGUCUCUACCGUCUGCAGCGGGAGCGCGAGGCUCUGCCUCUUUUGGCCGACCUGGCCGACGAGCCGCGCGUGGCGCAUCUGCGCGCGCAGCUCGCGUACCGCCUGGGCGAGUACGAGGAGGCGGAGCGGCUGUACGACGGCCUCCUGGCCGACGCGUCGCAGAGCGAGGCGGAGGAUAUCCGCACGAACGUGGCCGCGACGCAGACCCAGACCCGCUUCAUCCAGUCCGAGUACAGGGAGAAACUGGCCACGCCCGCCGUGAUCAAUGA